AUGUCUGACGAUAGUGAUGACGAUCUCUCGACGGUGGGCGACUCUGAAUCUGAUGCCGACAUGGAAGUAGAAGAAGUCGCUGAAGAGCCGUCUACGGAAAUGGAACUAGAUGCCGAUGGAGACGAUGCGUCUGAUGAACGAUCGCCAUUCCAAAAAGAGUUAUGGCCGCUGAAGCACUUGCCCUAUUAUUCCGAGCUCGAACGUGAAGCAGAUGAUUAUUUUCGACACAUCAAAGCCGGGCUCGCCCACUCGAUUGUGCUGAAGGACAUCAAAAUGGGCUUCAUUCAUUGGCUUUGCGAGCUAGAAAACAAGCGUGGAUUGCUCACUGCCAAUGAUCUGCAACUUGAUUGGCGACCACUAUAUGAGCUCUACUACGAGUUGUCCUAUAAAAACUUGGAGGAAGAUGGCGUGUUUCUUCUCCCAGAAGGAUUCCGUUCGGACGUCGGGUCGCUAGUUGGAUAUUGCCGCAAUUAUUGGAAGCCUAAUGCCACACAGGAAAUGCUCGACGAGCUCCGCCCUUAUUUCUGCCUCUGGGAUGAAUCGAUGAUUCGGGCUUUCAAACUCCUCGAGCUGUUUCUGCCAACUUCACUGAAGGCCCACGAGCACAAAGAAUUUGGCGCUUCGCUAUGGUUUGACGAAUUUUGGCAUUUCUACGUGGCUCUGGAAAACAACUCGUCGAUCGAAGAGAAACUGUUGUCUUGGGAUUGUCCGGGCCUCAUCGAUUGGUCACCAUACCUCGAUGUGAUUUUCACGAAGAUCUCACGCUCCCUGCGACUCGGCGAAUAUAUCGGCCUCAGCCAGAACAUGCACAUGGACACAACAGCGCUAUGGGUUUCCUACAUGCUUGGCGGACCGCAUCAUGCCCAGGUUCAAGCGUACAUGGAUAGAUUGAUGAAAAUGAUCGAAUCUUUUUGCCAUCCAUCGAAUGACGGCAGCCACACGUUGCAUCUCCUCAACUUUUUGUGGAGGAUGGCCCACCACGUCGUUGUCCGUCUGAAGCGCGAACGCCACGUCAAAAGGGCAGCCUACAAUCCAGUUCCGCCGGAAAUGUUCCUCACCGAUGCCCAGAUCGAGCGUUACGUGAUGGCGAUGAAACCGUGCCUCUCGCUGGUGAUCUUUUCGAAGAAGAAGACCGAAUUCAUCCCAUUCAUUGUGCGGGAUCUGACGUUGCUAGCCCCUCAUAUUGUCAUCCCGGUCAUCCUUGAGCUCGUCUAUCCAGCCAUCCAGACGGUCACCGAACCCCAUCGCUUAACGCAAGCCCUCAACUGCCUGCUCUCCUCGAGCCUUUCACUGAUUCGAGACAAGCCUACAACUCCCGACGGUCUUUCUCACCGAAGCCACUGCCUCGUCCUCAUCCAGGAACUCCUUCCGGGAAUUGAUGUCAACGAUAUGCGAAAAAGUGUCCUGACUUUCCAGGUCCUGGCCAUGUUUGUCACAUUGAUUCCGAUGUCUGACUGUUCGAUGGCCGUUCACGUUCGGAACGACUUGACUGUCGAUGAAGCGGAACUGUGCGGUCUAACAGCAAGAAUGGAAGACAUCGUAUGCAUGGUGAUGGACAAGCUGCUGGCGAUCAUCGACACAUUUGUUUCUCCCUCUUCGGCGGGUGCCCAGCCUGCGCAUGGUGCCCUCACCAAACUCAACGCAAAGACGUCAGAUGAGGAGCGUAUAUCGAUGAAGGGAACGAAUGCUAUUUUCCGUGGAAUGGUCAACAACACAAGCACUGCCCUAUAUGAUCUUGUCAUCACGAAGCUCUACUACUACAUGGAGGAUGGAAUGUGCGAUAAUAAAGCGGCUGCCGAUUCCGUGUCUGACAUGGUUUCCAUAUCAGUCAGGUCUCAUCCUGCCCGAGCCUUUGAAAAGCUUCUGGAUUUGACGAUGAAAAACCUACGCAAAUACGUCACUCCUGAUGCCUAUAACGAGGAGCGCUCUGAUUUCGCCGUGAUUUGGUGGUUGACGAUGGCCACAAAAGUCGUUCGAGUCCCCGGAGAAUAUUUGAUCAAGCGGAAGGAAACGCUGACAGAGAUGCUUCGUUUGAUUAUGCCGUUAAAAAGCCGAACCGCCAGUCACCUUUCAUGCACUGUUCUGGAAGAAAUUGGACAUCUAUUGACCACGGUCUACCCACAACCCAACUAUCAAUGGCGCGCCGAUUUGGAUAAGCCAGUCGAGGACUUCUUGCCGAUUAGGCAUUGGGCUCGUAUCACCGACCGUCGAACUUUCCGCUGCCACUGGUUUGUGCCGACGGCAGACAGCAUUAGCUUCUGCAACGAGUUGCUUGGCGAAUGGUUUUAUCCCUUGCUGGAGGCACUGAGGCGACCAGUUGACAUGGACAAGCAUCAGAUCCUCCACAAUCUGUACCUAAUCGAAAGCGUCGUCGUCGGAUGCUCAUUUUCCAUGCCGUACCUACCAGGCGAACGCAUCAAGCUAAACGAUUCUGUCGUCUUCGUCAAUCCGUUGAUCUACGUCGCCAAACCCGCUGGAACCCCAGACCUCCUCGCUCCUGAUGGUGGCAAUGUUCGCGAGGUCGUGCGCUCGUCGAUCACAGACCUCCUGAAUUUCCUCCUGGGGGAACGCGAAGAUGAUGUGAAAUCGAUCAGCAUGGUUCUACGAAUCCUUUCUGUCAUCGUGUUCACUCGCGGAACAACCAAGACCAAGCAUCAUUCCGACUAUCAGAUGUUUCUCGCGAACAAACGACUGAUGACAGACCCGCUCCGAGGACCGAAGGCCAACCCUGAUUGGGUCACUCGCGAGUACAUCGCCUUGCAUCAUCAGAGGCAUGUCGUUGCUCGAAGUGGACAUCUCUUUACCAAGACACACAUCGAUGUGAUCCACACUCUCUUGAAAGUCAGCACUAGCCACUACAGCGAAAAUAGGGCCCAAGCUCAAAGCCUUUUGCUGUCAAUGUUCAAGGUCUUCCCCUACUCCUACAUGCAGGUGCUUGACAAAAUACUGGAUCUGCUGAAGCCCGAUAAGAACAUCAGCCAUGAACAAUUCAAAGGAGGCCUUUAUUUGCUGGUUGAAGGCAAGAGAACAGCGCUCGUCCUCAAACACAACUGGGAGGCCAUCUUGAAAAUCUGGCCUACGCUGGUACGGGCACAACACAGCGAGAAACCAUCGAUCAUUGCGUUGAUAGAAAUGGCUCAAAACAGCAUCGUUGACAAUUUUGAAAGCUUCCGCCUGAAAGAACACGUACCUGAAGCGGCGCUCCCUUAUGCUAUGGAACUUCUUUUGGGAAAGGCGAAAGAUGCCGGAACCCAGCGUCACGUACCCGCCAAAGGAUGCCCCUCACAAGCCGAGAUAGAAGCUGCUCACCAACGUUUUGACAGAAUGAAUGCCAGAAAUUUGCAAAAUUAUAAUCAACUCUGCUCCGAACUUCUUGCCCUCGCAUCUGAUCAAACGCUGCACUGGAGGCAUACGGACCUAUCGCACGCACUGCUCUCCUUGAUGAUCAGGCGUGAUCUAGAAUAUCCGACUCCCGGACUGAAAUUGUUUGUUCGGCUUCUUGUAAAUGACUCUGUGAAAACUCGGAAAGUGGCUGGCGCUGUGGUCAGCGCGUGGUUGAAGAUGAAUAAACCGAAAUCCUUCCGUUGUGAAUAUCUGUUGGAUCAGGAACCAAACACGGGUCCCGGCGCGAAAUGGCCUAUUCGGUACGGUCUACGCAAAGACAAUCGAGAGAUGUGCUAUGAUGAAGAAAACCUUCCGAAGACCGUGGAGGAGUACAACAAUUUCCGGUUCUGUGGAAAACAACAUUGGGGCUUCUACACAUGGCCCGUCAAAUUGAUGACAUAUGGUACGUUGGCACAACAAGUCGAUGUGAACCGCCCCGAAUCCUCGUUUUCCGAGGUAGAGCAGUAUGUCGUUGGCCUGUUCCGAGACCCAAAGUUCCUUGAUCGUUUGCUAGAACUCAUGUCCAUCGAGGAAAAGAAAGUGAACGACACUGAGGACUACUUUAACACCAUCAACUUCUCGCUGUUCCAGGGCCUUUUCCGGAACUACAACGACUCGCUGGUUGAUGUCUUCCGCCCUCACCUCGAACGCCUCUGCAAAAAUGAGAAGGAGCAGUCACAAAAACUAGCCGGAGAAAUCGCGGCUGGGCUUGUCAUCGGCUCCAAGCUUUGGCGAUACGAGAAACAACAGAAGCUGUGGGAAUGGCUGGGCCCACUUCUGCUAAACACCAUGUUGGAUCUAAAGGAUACGACGGUCAAGUGCUGGGGAGUAUCGGUCGCGACGAUGUGCGGCUGUAUUGAAAUGCGGAUGGCUCAACCCUUGAUCGAGAUCCUAUUUGAGCUCAUCAAACGUCCGAUUGAUAACAACUUCCAGCUCAGCUCCCGUCUAUUCAUCAUCCAAGGCGGCCUGUGUCAAUGGGAAUGGCGUGCUUUGGCGCUGUGGCAUCGCCUGCGUCCCUUCCUCACGAAAUAUAUCGCCCUGGGUUAUCAGAAUGUUCGGGAACGACUAGGCGUUUGCUUGACAACCUUGGCCUGGUUCGAUGUUCCGACAAUAUACGUGGAUCCGUCUCUGCCUGAUAGUCUGAAGCUGCCGCGUUUUGAAGAUUGCACGAAGAUGAUUGACCCCUAUUUGACCACGGCAUGGGAUGAAGUCUAUCUGAAGGGUGUCAUCAAUCCCGAAGUCGGAGGCUCUACAUCUUCUACGGAUCUGAUGUUCCAGCCCGGUGCGGUUGAUUCUGAAGCGAAGAAGCAAUCCCGUCUGGCCCUGAAAACGCUGAUCUGCUUCAUCCUGAAUUCGACGAUACAGAGCUACGUUUCAUGGCCACCAUCUUUCAUCAAGUACAUUCCGAUGUUGGCUCACUUCAGCAACGAUGUCGGAGACGAAGAACUUGUGACCAUUUGUCGAUCGCUCUACCGCGACCUCUUGAGCACUGUGCGUGUUUCGAAUGAGAACGCCGGCCCUGUCUUGGAUUGUAUCGAGAAGUAUUUCGAGGGACCAGGCUGGUGGAAGGCCCGACUCUUUGUUCUGCGGAAUAUGCGCCUACUGAUCUUCUCAAAUGUUUUCGUCUUCCUGGAACAUCGGGAGCGCAUUGGCCGAAUUAUCUCGCGUCAGCUUCGUUCUUCCCAACUCGAAGUCCGUGAGGCGGCCACUCAAGUGCUCUCUGGUUUGGUGCAUUGUGGCUUUUUCGAAGCUACUGCUGAGCUCAUGGGCCAACUUGAACACAUGGCCAUGGAUAGGAAUGGACCGAUUUCCGAUCGUCAUGCUGGUGUACUUGGACUGGCCGGCGUUGUCCUCGCUUUCCCAUAUUCCGUGCCGCAUUUCCUGCCUGACGUGGUGAUGAAGUUGUGUCGACACUCGACGGAUGACAACCCGAUGAGGGAUACCGUCAAAAAGACGAUGGCUGAAUUCAAGAGGACCCACCAAGACAGCUGGCAUGAACACAAGAAGGUCUUCACCGAAGAUCAGCUCAGUGCACUGACGGAUCUGCUCGUUUCGCCAAAUUACUACGUU